UGACAACAAGACGAGAGAUACUGUCAACUAUGGUGAGAAGAGGGUCGUGCGCCGGAGCGUGCGUGGUGGCAUGCGUCCUCGCGGUUGCACCCGCACCAUCCGCGGCAUUUCUGUCCUCCCCACGCCUCGCCAAGGUCGGAGCGUCAAGGUCAAAUGGGGCCAGGGAGGCAACGCGGACGGGAGCGAUGCACAUGUCGGGGUUACCCGCGGACUUUGACCCGCUGUCGCCCAGCAUGGACCACUUGUCUAUGAUCGACCAGGCUAGCAAGGGGCGCUCUCAACCAAGCAUGAUCGGGGGUGCGGGCGGUGUGACCGAAGACAGGAACACGGACCUUGACGGGGCGAGGGUGGGACCUCCUCCUGACCUACCGUCGCUGCUGCUUCACAACCGCAUCGUGUACCUCGGGAUGCCCCUCGUGCCGGCGGUGACGGAGCUCAUCAUCGCGGAGCUGCUGUACCUGAACUACGAGUCAGCCUCCAAGCCGGUGUACAUGUACAUCAACACGCCGGGCACAUCCACCCCCGACGGUCGCGCGAUCGGAUUCGAAACCGAGGCGUUCGCCAUCAGCGACUGCAUGAACUACAUCAAGCCUCCGGUGUACACCAUCGGAGUGGGGCAGGCGUUCGGGCUGGGGGCCAUGCUGCUUGCCUCGGGGGAGAAAGGGCACCGUUCGGCUCUGCCCAACGCGAGCAUCAUGCUCCACCAGCCGCGCAGCAUGGCGAGGGGGCAGGCGUCGGACAUCGCCAUCAAGGCCAAGGAGGUAAUGGCCAACAGGAAGACGGCGACGCAGAUGCUUUCGGAGGCAUGCGGAAAACCUUACGACGAGGUCCUCGAGGACUCGUCCAGAACGUUCUACAUGUCUCCCGACGACGCGGUAGAAUACGGCCUCAUCGACAAGGUGUUGCGGUCGAGCAAGAAGGACGAUGUCGUGGCGCCCGCCUUCCUCGACGCUCUGUCCAUGGGCUCAAAAACAAACAGGCAGUCCUUGUACGAGGACUAGACCGCUAGCUACAGCAGUAGCCUGCUACAGCAGUGGUCUACUGCUGUUGUUGUCGAGUCCUUCCGUUGUCAAGAGCAGGCUGUCGGUCUGGUGUGCUGGUUGCAUGACGGCCCCGGGUUCCCAAAUGAUUUUUGUCUGUGUUCCAGGCGGGGACAAGGGUCGCACAACGGCACCGGUUUGGGGACAUGUUGGUUGCAUGCAUGCAUUCGUUGUUUCUGGUUUUGUUGACUUUGGGUGAAUGUCUGUAGGCGGGGAGCCGGCUGUUGUGUCGUGCCAGGGAAUUUGGUUGACGAAAACUCGAGUUGGGGUUCUGCUGUUGUACGCACAGCAGCACAGCAGCUGCUGUGAGUGUUGUGAGACUACGUUGCAGGCGAUGGACGAUCUUGCCCUCACCAGAAGUGUGCAAUCCUGUUGUUACGCAAAGGGCGGGAUGACAUGUAGAGAAAGCAUUGUCGUGCACACCUUGAUUCUAGAUGCGACGAAAUUUGCGCUCGGCAUCGGCCUUGGCACUAGGUUCUCCCCGAUAUACAGCGUCCAGGUACCUCGUGAAGUGCUCCUUGGGAGGCAUCAUCGGCGCGGUUUGCAUAACCUGUUGAAACGUUGGUGAAGCAAAAACGUGGCUUGAAACUGA